AGAAACAUAAGGACGGCGUACACAGCCUCAGGUGCUUAAAUGCACAGUCGAAGCUACUUGGUUCUCACCCACCGGUUCACCCAGAUUCAACACCUUUUUCUGCACAGCUUUUCACUUUUGAGUUAGUGAGAGUCCAAAAACUGCAGUGAUGCCUCCUCCCGGUGUAUGCUUGAACAUCAUAGAGGCCCGCUACAAGAAGGAUGGUUUUGGAAAAUUCACUAAGCCCCACAAGUUCUUUGGCCAAGACUAUGAGCAGUUGAAACAGUACUGUCUCACAAGAGGAGUAAGCUUCACUGAUGAGACAUUUCUACCUGACAGAAGGUCCAUUGGCCAAGAGAUACAGCGCCAUGGCAUACUGAGCCCUUCUGAACUGGCCUGUGUGGAGUGGCGGAGACCAGCAGAAAUUGUUCGUUUUCCAGCCUUUGUACUUGACGGAGUCUCCAGGUUUGAUUUUGGUCAAGGGAAACUUGGAAACUGCUGGUUUCUUGCGUCAAUCGGAGCGCUGACGUUCCAGAAAUCCAUUUUCGCAGAAGUUGUCCCACUUGAACAAAGAUUUGAUGAGAACUACUGUGGGAUUUUUCACUUCAGGUUCUGGAGAUUUGGGCAGUGGGAGGAUGUGGUCAUUGAUGACAAACUACCAACAAUCAAUGGCAGACUAAUCUUUGUUCAUUCCAAAGACCAAAAUGAGUUCUGGCCUGCUCUCCUGGAGAAAGCCUAUGCCAAGGUUUGUGGUUCCUACUCCGACAUGAUUGCUGGAACUCUCUCAGAGGCUAUGAUGGACUUCACUGGUGGCGUCCACAUUAACAUCGAGCUGUCACACCCGAGUCCAAGCCUGUGGGGGCUGAUCUGUAGAGCUGGCAAAUCAAACACACUGAUGGGCUGUGGUACACCUCCCAGGGAGACAUCUGGUAACGAAAUAUUACCAAAUGGACUGGUUGCAGGCCAUGCAUACACUGUGACAGGUGUCAAAGAGAUGAUGAGUCGAGGAAAAAUUGUACACCUGGUGCGUUUGUGGAAUCCCUGGGGUAACGGAGAGUGGAAAGGAGACUGGAGUGAUCGGUCUCCUCUGUGGCAAACUGUGAGUCCUGAGGACCGUGAAAUGUGCCUUUCAGUGGCUGAUGAUGGAGAGUUUUGGAUCACCUUUGAAGAUUUCUGUAAGUUCUACAUAGAUAUUGACAUCUGUGGGCUGUCUCCUGACUUCCUUAAUGAAAGUGACUCUAGUCAGUGGAAGACCUCUGUGUAUGACGGCCGAUGGGUUGCAGGAACCACUGCUGGAGGUUGCCUUAAUUACAGAGACAGUUUCUGGACUAAUCCACAGUGUCGUUUCAAAAUUUGCGGUGGAUACUCAGAGAAAGAUGGCGAUAAAAACAUAAUGGUGUCUCUCAUGCAAAAGCCCGAAAAAAGGAAUAGACACCUGGCGCAAAACCUCCACAUUGGGUUUUUCAUAUUUGAGGUGACUGAAAAAUAUAAGACACAGAGGGGGAAGUUUACAGAGGAGUUCUUCAAAUCCCAGGCACCUGUUGCCCAAACUAAAACCUACCUGAAUGCCCGUGAGGUGAUGGAGUUCUUUAUGUUAAAGCAUGGUGAAUACUUGAUUGUGCCAUCCACCUUCAAUCCCAAUGAGACAGCCUCCUUUAUCCUGACCAUCCACGCAAAAUCAGAGACCAACUGCUAUGAUAAUUCUGGUGAUCACAAACAUGAGCUUGAUGAGAAGGUCAAGGUCAAAAAUCGACAGGGUGAUGAACAAAGGAGAGAGUUUUUCCAUAAACACUCUGACAAGUAUGAAGAAGUGGAUGCUGAGCAGCUUCAGAGGCUUCUAAAUGAAAACAUCCUAAAAGGAGACCUGAAAUCUGGAGGUUUCAGUAUUGACGCCUGUCGCAGCAUGGUUGCACUAAUGGAUACAUCAAUCACAGGAAAACUCAACAGUGAGGAAUUUCUUCGUCUGUGGAACAAAGUUGUUACAUUCAAGGAAAUUUUCUUUCGCACUGACGUUUCACGAACAGGAACGCUGUCACUGAGGGAACUACGAAAUGCAUUCUUAGUCUCAGGAAUAAGGGUGAGUGACGACAUGCUGAAUCUGAUGGCUCUGCGCUACGGCGCCUCCUCUGGACACAUGACGCUGGAGAGCUUCAUCAGUCUCAUCCUUCGCUUUGACUGCAUGAACAAAAUCUUCAGACAGUUAUCUGAUGGAAAAGCCAUGACUCUUCAAGAGUCUGAGUGGAUGUACAUUUCAAUGUACACUUAACGCAAGGGAAUGGACGUUCAAUGCACAGUUCAUCUGCACAGUUCAUCUGCACACACUGAAGAAGAGAUCCAUGUAUAUUUUUUCUGCUAAGCUAUAAGUUUUCCUUUAGAUAAUUGCCAAAAUGCAAAAUGCUUUCAAGAUAACUUUUCUCAAAAAGUAGAUAUUUCUAUUUUUAAUUGUCAUUUACUUGGCAAAUUUUUUUACUGAGACAGACAGAGAAGACAGAAACGUAUUGUAGAGGGAACAAUCUGAGAUAUAUAACGUGAAUAUGAAUAAUCAAUGAAAAUUAAAUACUAGAAGAAUGUGAUUGCAUGUAACAGGCUCCUCUGUAUCUGUAACUGUUCUAACAGAAAAACAGGGAAAAGGCUAUAAAGGAUGUUUUUUCUUUAUGCACUUUGAGCUCAUUAAACCCACAUAGAUUAUGUGAGGGUGCAAUGUUUGAUUUGGCCAUGAUGCUUUAUUGAUUCAUUCAUCACUCAUUAGUGACACAACAGUGCAAGAAAGCACCAGUGUUGUUGGAAUCAACAUACUGUUAGUUUUAAAUGAUUUUUCUGUCAUUCAAAUGCAGCUCUUUUUGAUAAAUGCAUUAUGCCCAGAUGUAUCUGGCUUUAUCUUACUUUCCCACUGUCCACUCCUCAUUUCAGGUUCAGGUUGCUUUUUAUGUAUCAGGCUUAAUGGCCCUGAAUGCUUUCUAAAUGUUUAUCAAAAACACUGUAAAAUCACUGGAACAUUUUCAUGUAAAUAAAUUUUAAAAAGAAAAAGAAGAAGAAGAAGAAGAAGAAGAAGAAGAAGUAGUUUAGCAAAUGAGCCACCAAUUCAAAUUCUAGCACCAGAAUCUGGGAGGUAUUCACUGAUUCAGCUGCAGCUCAGUGUUUGUAAACUGUAAGAGUAUGUAGGAGAGCAAAAGCACCUAAGUAUAGAGGCUAGCACAUCAAGCAUCCUGGGAAGUGGGACAAUCCCUCGUGUAAAAACUCCCCAGUGAACAUGAACCACAUUUACUGAAACUCUAAUCAUUCCCAGCAUACAUUUCCUUACUCCAGUAGCCUUGCCAAAUGUUUGUAAAUAUUCCAAGAGAGUACCAAGAGUUUCCUCUCUCAAGCAUUUCAGAUGGCACAAAGGGAAUGUUAAUCCACAACACUGUAGUGAAAUUAACAGGAACCACAUAGUCCCAGUAUGUCAGCAUUUCUUCAAUGGUUCCCUGUUAAAUCUUGAGUUGAAUUUCAAAUCCUUUCACUUACAUAUAAAAGUCCUAAAUAAUCAAACCCUGUGAUAUCUUAGAGACCUCAAAUACCAUGUUAACUUAAUAAAGAACUUUCAUCCUCCACUGCAGACUUACUUGCUGCUCCUAGAGUUUCCAAAACUAGACUGAGAGGCAGAGCCCUGUCUCCUGGUGACCUUGCUCCCAGUUUGGGUUCAGCAGACAGAAACUCUGUCUGCUUUUGAGAUUAGUCUUAUGCUGUUAUAGGCUCAGGAUUCUGUUGAGCUUCCCAUGAUGCUCUUAACAUUUAUUCUCACCUAUUUUCAACUCCCCAGACACUU